UGCAGUGUCUGCAGCUGGGUCCGGAGCUGGAGAGCGUUAGCGGGGCCAGCCCGGAAGGGGGUUUCUUUUCCUGCCCAAUCUCCACUCUCCGGCAGCCCCGGCUCUGUCUUUCCUCGCCCCACAGUUGUGCGCUUCCGGCCCCGGCUCCCGGUGUCAGUUUUUCUGGGUUCCUCGAGGAGUUGGGGCCAGGAGGUUCGGAGAUAGUGGCCGCUUCCCGGCGCGGGAGUAAGGGGCGCGCCCCUCUUCCGCUCUGCCAGUCCCGCGCCGGGCCCGCGCCUCCAUGGGCCCAAGCCAGAAGCCCAAUGUGUGCGGCCGGCUCAGUCGCCGGGCGCUGGGCUUUUUCUCGCGCGACGCGGGCAUGGUGCAGAGGACGAACCUGGGCAUCCUGCGGGCGCUGGUGUGCCAGGAAAGUACUAAAUUUAAGAAUGUUUGGACAACUCAUUCCAAAUCACCUAUAGCCUAUGAGAGAGGAAGAAUAUAUUUUAACAAUUAUCGGUGCUGUGUCAGCAGUGUUGCAUCAGAGCCACGAAAACUUUAUGAAAUGCCAAAAUGUUCCAAAUCAGAAAAAAUAGAAGAUGCUUUAUUAUGGGAAUGCCCAGUGGGAGAAAUGCUUCCCAAUCCAUCAGAUUAUAAAUCCUCACUCAUAGCACUGACUGCUCAUAAUUGGCUACUUCGUAUAUCAGCAACUACGGGAAAAGUCCUUGAGAAAAUAUAUCUUGCUUCAUAUUGCAAAUUCAGAUACUUGAGCUGGGACACUCCUCAGGAAGUCAUUGCUGUCAAGUCAGCUCAGAACAAAUGUUCAACACUGGCCCGACAGGCAGGCAUUCAACAGCCUGUUUUGCUGUACCUUGCAGUGUUCCAUGUGCUACCUUUUUCACUCAUAGGGAUUCUGGAGAUCAACAAAAAGAUUUUCGGGAACGUCACAGAUGCCACCUUGUCUCAUGGAAUACUGAUUGUGAUGUACAGCUCGGGACUGGUCAGACUUUAUAGCUUCCAAGCCAUCACCAAGCAGUUCAUGCAACAGAAACUUGACUUAGGGUGUGCAUGCAGAUGGGGUGGGACUACUGGAACUGUAGGAGAGGCUCCCUUUGGCAUUCCUUGUAAUAUUAAAAUCACAGAUACACCGCCACUGCUCUUUGAGGUGUCCUCGCUGGAGAAUGCUUUUCAGAUUGGAGGCCAUCCUUGGCACUACAUCAUUACACCCAAUAAGAAGAAACAGAAAGGAGUUUUCCAUAUUUGUGCCCUAAAGGACAAUUCCUUGGCAAAAAAUGGGAUCCAAGAAAUGGAAUGUUGUUCUUUAGAAUCUGAUUGGAUCUACUUCCAUCCUGAUGCUUCUGGCAGAAUAAUACAUGUUGGCCCAAAUCAGGUCAAAGUUUUAAAGCUAAGUGAAGUAGAAAAUAAUAGUGCCCAGCAUCAGAUCUCUGAAGAUUUUGUCAUUUUGGCCAAAAGAGAGAAGAACAAAAAUGAAAACCUACCCACUGUUACAGCUUCUGGACGAGUGGUAAAAAGAAAUUUUAGCAUUCUGGAUGAUGACCCAGAACAAGAGACUUUCAAAAUUGUCGACUAUGAAGAUGAGUUGGAUUUGCUUUCUGUCGUAGCUGUUACUCAAAUAGAUGCUGAAGGAAAAGCUCACCUGGAUUUCCACUGUAAUGAAUAUGGAACUUUACUUAAAAGUAUUCCACUCGUGGAGUCAUGGGAUGUGACAUACAGCCACGAAGUCUACUUUGACAGAGACUUGGUGCUACACAUAGAGCAGAAACCCAGCAGGGUGUUCAGCUGCUAUGUUUACCAAAUGGUAUGUGACCCUGGGGAAGAAGAAGAAACCACAGACAAAAGGAGUAAAACAGAUCACAAUAAUUUUAAAUUUUGAGACGUAACUUAUUAAACUUCUAGCCAACCACCCCAGGAGCCAUGUCCAGUCCUCUUUUUUAUUAUCUGCAUAGUAUAUUCUCCAGUGUUUUCCAGAAAAGGUCUUGUGUUGACUUCAGAUGAUUGUGGCUUCUUCUUCAGAUGACUGUGGCCAUACAAGGUGGUGAGGACUUCACUUUAUAUAAAGGUUUUUACAAUAACAUCCCAAGAAGCCUAGCAUUUUGCAGUUUUUUAGGUGGGUGGUGAUGCAAAUAUAAAAUACUGAAAGUCAGAGAAGGAAAGUUAAUUCUAAUUAUUUGGAGGUCAUUGAUUAGGGAGUGUUUAGCAUGGUUAUUAAAGGAUGGCAUGGAAUUUUGAUUGGUGAAACUAGGAGGAAGAGACAGAAGGAUACAAAACAUAUAGAAGGAGAUCCUGUAUCCUGUCAAUCAGACUUGAAGGAUGGAAGAUGAGAUCUAUAAUAUGAAAGCAUACUUGGAAACAAAACUGUGUCAUCACGGUUUUUAAAAUAUAUAUAUGUAUGUGUGUUUUAUAUUAUAUAUAGUAGCAGAAGUUGACUUUUCCAUGUUUUUUUCUCUUUGAUGUUCCCAUUGGUUUUUUGUGUUUCUGUUAAACUAAUAUAAAAGAUUUCAAGCAAGCUUUAAGUGAUUUUUUUUCUCAUACAUAGCCUGUUUAGCUGUUAAUGCAUCUAAGAAUAUUGUACUCAUUUCACCAUUCUAUUUAUUUGGUGAAUCUGCUUAGGCAAUAUUUUUAUACCUAAGCGGUAAGAUAAAGGUAUCCUCGGUUAUACCAGCUCUGCUCCCUGUGGGAAGAAUAGAUAAAGUCCCAGGAGUUCUUAUUAGCUUGAAAACUGACUGACAGCUAGAGAAAGCUUUGGGUUCUAUCUUAAUUGUGAAAUGAGUAUUUUUUUUCUUCUUUGUUAGAACCGAUGGAAAUAUGAUUCUUGAACUCAGAUAAUCAUUCUUAAGAAUAUUAAAUAAAAGCAACCCAAGUAAAGGGAGAAAAUGUUUCUUUGUGCUUCCUACUUGAGAAAUCCAGUUGCCUGCAAUCCACAUGUUUAGCACAUUCUCUGAUUCAGACUCAAAAAAAAAAAAAAAAAAGUGGUAAAAAUAGAAGGGGAGAAAACAGCAGUAAAAAUCAUUGCUGAUUCAAAUGUAAAGUUAAAAUAUGGGAUUUUAGCUUGGAUGAUUUAUAUUAAAAUUAUCCAGUUCUUCCUUCAGUUUUGGCUUGGUAUGUUAAGAAUAAUGUGAAUUCUGCCCUGCCCUUGAAGUCUGCAGAUAAAUUUUAAGCUUAUUGUUCUCAACAGGGCUGAUGAGAGAAAGGUGUUAGCUAUUCAAAAAGUCAAGAUAUUAGUAAAAGAGUCCAUAAACUUAAAAGAAAUAAAGGGAGCAAACUUAAAACUGUCAUUUGUGCAAUAGAAAAGAAGAUUGCCAACAUUUUGGAAUAGCGGUAAGUAUUUAUAUGUUGGCUAAAAAUAAAUCUUGGCGAAUCUGCUUCUAUGUAUAAUAACCAUUUGGAAAAGUAGAAGUGAUUACCUCAUGAGCAAGAUAAUAAAACUAUCUUCAUCUAUUAAAUUCUGAUCAUUUUAUAUCUACUAGUUGAAAAAUUCAUUCUCAAUAGCAUACUUAGUAGUACUAUUUAAUAUUUGAAGCUUUCAGAGUAUUUUGGAGAUAUAAUUGUGAUUACAAAGAAGUUGGAUAGUUAUAAUGUGCUAGAAUAUUGCCCCAAACUUCCAACUAAAACAUGAACUAUAUCUAAACAGUCCUGUCCAAUGAAUUUAUAUCUUGAAAAACAAGCCUGGUAAGAGGAAAUAGAUUUAAAAAAAUCAAAGAAAAGAAAAACCAGUGUGUGUGGGUUUUAAAGCAGGUGCAGUGCUAUGUAAAAGCAGAAAGCCCGCUCUCCAUUUUCAAAAGUAUUUCAGAAAAGGAUGUCUUAAAACUUUAGUCCUGUCAGAUUUUUUUAAAAAGAGGUUUGUUGAGUUUCUCCUUUGCUUAAGUCAGUGCCUUCUUUUGAGGAAGUGAUAGAAAUUCAUCUAUUCACAAAGGCAUCUGAGAACUAUCUAAAGAUGAUACCGCUCUAUUUAAACAAAUUAAGGUAUUCUACAUUUUCCAUCAACUGAAUGUUUGGUUUCUUGUACAUGCGUUAUUCUUAAUGGUAACAUAUUUAUUCAGUGUUUUCUGUCAGUCGGGCUUCCCUUGUGGCUCAGCUGGUAAAGAAUCUACCUGCAAUGCAGGAGACCUGGAUUUAUCCCUGGGUUGGGAAGAUCCCCUGGAGAAGGGAAAGGCCAGCAUUCUGGCCUGGAGAAUUCCAUGGACUAUACAGUCCGUGGGGUCUCAAAGAGUCGGACACGACUGAGCAACUCUCAUUUUCACGUUCUGUCAGUCACUGUGAUACAUGUAAAAUGAAUUGUCUCACUUAAGAUUCAGAAUAACCAUAUGAGAUAUGACCUAUAUUAUCCUUCCUCAUGUUACAAAUGAGGAAACUGAGGCUCACAGAAGUUAAUUUGCCUAAGGUCCUGCAGAGAUGGGAAAUGCAUUCAGAUUUGUUUGAUGCAGCCUUACACCAAAUUUCCUCUAAAGCUCUCCAAAGUCAAAGGAUGUUAUUUUAUCCCAUAUAUAGCAUGUUAACAAAGGUAAUAUUAGGUAUAUAGGAAAACACUCUAAAGUCUUUUUUUAAAUGAUGAUUAGAUAUCCAAAUUCUGGACAAAGUCGGACACAUUGACCUAUUCAUAUAUUGUUGUUCAUAUAUUCAGUCGUGUCUGAUUCUUUGCGACCCCAUGGAUUGCAACACGCCAGGUUUCCCUGUCUUUCACCAUCUCCCGGAGCUUGCUCAAAUUUAUGUCCAUUGAGUCAGUGAUGCCACCCAACUAUCUUGAACUCUGUCGUCCCCUUCUCUUCCUGCCUUCAAUCUUUCCCAGCAUCAGGGUCUUUUCUGAUGAGUCAGCUCUUCUCAUCAGGUGGCCAAAAUACUGGAGCUUCAAGCUUCAGCAUCAGUCCCUUCAAUGAAUAUUCAGGAUCGAUUUCCUUUAGGAAAUUCAUAUAUUUAACUUGACAGAAAAGAUAGCUCUUCCUGCAAUGGUUGAAAAAAGUCAGUUUUUUUAAAAGUACAAAAAGUAAUUCUCUCAUUUUGUGGUGAUAAUAAACACCAGUAUUAGUAAUUACUCUUAAUGUAACUUGGCUUCCUUUUCAAUAAUUAUUAUGUUUUCUUACCUUUCUUAAAAUGUUUACAUGUAUAACUUACCUUUUAGAGUCCCAGAAAGUCUGCAGGGGCUAAUUUCUGGUCCCUAAGUUUCUACAGAGUUUCUAUCCUAUGGAAAGAAUAAUUUAUUCCAGUCCAAGGGUAUAUAAUAGGAAGAUAAGACCUGGGGAUUUUCCCCCAUUGUUUUGUAAUAAAAAUGUUCAAACAUACAGCAAAAUUGACAGAAUUUUACAGUAAAUACCCAAAUAACCAACCGCAUGGAUUAUUCAUUUAUUCUACAUGGUUUAUUACUUAUCCAUCCAUGUUAUUUUUAUGGUGCAUUUAAAAUAAAUUGCAGACGUCAGUAUAUAUCCCCCAAUACUUCAAAAUGCAUAUCAUUAAGUAGAGUUUAUUAUAGUUUAGUUUUUAAAUUUUUCAGUGUACAUUUACAUGCAUUGUAACGCACAAAUGUUAAGUAUAUAAAUUUGCUGAUUUUUUUCACAAAUCCAUAUACCUCGUGUAACCCAAGCCCUAUUUAAAAUUUAGAACAGUACAGUCAUGCCAGAGAAUCUCAUGCCCCUACUGAGGCAGUCCUUACCUACCUCUCAGAUAUAACUACUGUUCUGAUUAUUUUGCUUCACAGAUUAAAUUUGCCUGUUCUAAAACUUCAUAUAAAUGAAAUCAUACAAAGUAUAGUGCUUCUUUCACUUAGCAUGUUUUUGAAAUUCAUAAUUCAAAAUGAAAUAAUUCAUGUUGCCUGUAUCAGUGGUUCAUUUCUUUUCAUUGCUGAGUAUUGUCUUUUUUCCACUUUCCUGUUGAUGGAUACCUGGGCUGUUUCCACUUUUUUUUUUUUUGGAUAUUAUGAAUAAAGCUACUGUGAACAUUCUUGUACAAAUUGUGUGUGUGUGUGUGUGUGUGUGUGUAAACACAUGUCUUUAUUCAUCUUGAGUAAACAUCUAACUAUGAAAUCAUUGGGUCCUUGAUUAGGCAUAUGUUUAGUUUUAUAAAAAACUGCCAGACCUUUUUUCCAAAGGAUUGUACCAUUUUACAUGCCUGCAACCAUGGGGACUUCCAGUUGCUCCACAUUUUCUCCAACUUUUCUGCUUGUUAGUCUUUUUCAUCUUAGUAUUUGUGGUGGGUGUAUUAUUUCCAGUUGAUACUUUGACUAUUUCUACUUGUGCCUAGUAGCCCUCUUGUCAGAUCUACCCCUUUAUCCUUUUUAACACCACCUCCUGCUAGGAACUGCUGAAAACAUUCUUUCUUUGUGAUAAUAGUUAAGAAACCCAAAACUCAGCUUGAGUUAUUCUUUCUCAAACAUGGAAUACAUCACUCACCAAGGAACUCUUUCCUAUAAUAAAGACCAACAUCUGAGAAAAAACCUGAGUUGCUGAAGAGAUGUUUUAGACUCUUCCACAUGACUGCUGGUACUGAUCAGGAUGGCACCAAAACACUGUAAUAAAACAGAAUAUGAGCUUUUCCUGUAACAGUUACAAGUUCAUGUUAUUUCUACGUCAGGUGAAUUUUUGAUGCUAACAUGAAAGUAUAUUAAACAAGCUGUAUGCUUUCCCCAACAGCUAGAUUUGGUGUGCUUUAAUUCAUAUUUCCUUAUUAACUAAUGAUAGUAAGCACAUUUUCAUGUGUUUGCCCAUGUGUAAAUUUUUAAUUUUCUAAACAUUUAUUGAGGUAUAAUGUACAUACAAUAAAUUAUACAUAUUUGAAGUGUACAAUUUGAUAAUUUUUACAUGUAUGUACCAAUGAAACCACCACAAGCAAGAUAAUGAAUACAUCUAUCAUCUCAAAAAGUCUCCUCUUGCUUCUUUGUAAUCCUUCCCUUCUGCCUCUCUCUGCCCCCUCUCCCUUCCAAGGCAACCAGUAAUCUAUUUCUGUCACUUGAGAUUAGUUUGAAUUUUUAGAAUUUUAUUUAGAAGUUACAUGGUAAGUACUUUUUUUCCCCUGCUUUCACUCAGUAUUGUUAUUUGGAUAUCCGUUUGUGUUGCAUGUAUCAAUAGUUUAUUUCUUUUUGUUGCUAAGUAGCACUCCAUUAUACUUAUAUAAUCAAAAUUUGUUAAUAUAUUUACCUGCUAAUGUACAUUUGAGUUGUUACCAUUUUUUGCCUACUACAAAUAAAGCUACU